CUAAGACCCUUUUUAUUGACUCAGAAUGGCAGCUCACUAUAACCUUGUCACGGAUGGAACCGUCAACGGAGCUACCAAAAUCACGCUAUUCACGUUGGGCAUUUGAGCAAACACUUCUUGUACGUGAAUAUCUGCAGUAUUCAGAAAUACCAACUUCCUUCUGCGUUCAUCUGCACUUUCUUCGCCCAGUUCCAAGAAAAUCUCUAACGCGAUCAUCCACGACCUCCAUCUUCUAGCGACUUCCGCUGGUUCCCCAUCAGUGAAGAAUUUCCGGGUGGAGUGUUAUCGGGUAUGUAUGUUGGUCAUGCACGGGCACUAGAUUUAUUUCUGUUGUCCUAUUUCGCCAAUUUCUCGGCCCGGUUGGAGUCGGUAUGUUCGUCGCCAGUUGUGGUAAAAUGGCCUCAACUAGGAAAGUGUACGACUUGGUUAUCAUUGGAGCGGGAAUGAUGGGCUCAGCAGCAGCAUAUUACUCCUCACAAAUACCUAGUACAUCAGUCUGUUUGGUUGGACCUUCGGAGCCAAAGAUGGCAGGUAGAGACAGAAUGUGGUAGUGUUAUCAACUGCAAACAUGUUCUUGUGGCCGCUGGAGGAUUUGCUGGACUGAAGAAUUUGUUUCAGCAUGUUAAGCCAGGGAUGGUUCCAGACCUCAACUUGCGAACACAAACUAUUGCAUUUCUGAGAAUUGAUGAAGAUGAGGCCCAGAGACUAAAGACCAUGCCAACUCUAGUCACUAGUUGUCAAUUUGAGAAUCUUGAUGGAGCCUAUGUUUUGCCACCCAUAAGAUAUCCUGAUGGUCAUUGGUAUCUGAAGUUGGGUCAUGGCAGGAUGUAUGAAGAACAUAAGACAACACUGGAGGAAGUAAGAGAUUGGUACAUUAGACAAACAGGCAUUCCAGAGUGUGUAGAAAAACUGGCAAGGUUUAUGAGUCACAUGUUACCAGGUCUCAAAGUCAAGGAAGUUGCAGGAGAUGGCUGCCUCACAUCACACACACCGGAAGAAGAACCAUACAUUGACAUCAUUGCUGAAAAUUUCGGUGUUUGCUUGGGGGGCAACGGGUAUGGAGCUGGUUCCAGUGAUGAGAUGGGGAGACUAGCCGCUCGUCUCCUGAUGCUCGGAGAAUGGGACUCGGAUAUACCUCGGGAACGUCUUAAGAUUGUUUGGAAGGCUCAAGCUUAAGGAUUUAGGGACAUUUGCAUUCGUUAUGUUGAGCACUAGUUCUUUUCUUUGUUCCAUGAAUCUGCUUUGGUAGCUUUUCCACUAUUUCUGUAUGCCUGUCAGUAUUUAUAUGCUAACUUUGUACAUUUUUUUAUGGAUUAACAUUUUGUGAAUUAUUACAAAAUAAUAUUUAGUGUCACUUGCUGUUCCUUCCACUUUUGCCUCCUUGUCUCCUUUUAUUUCAUAUAUAUAACUUAUUUUUCUUCAUUAAGUUUUAUGUUUAAUAUGACCACAAGUAAUUUCAAGGUACAGUGAAUGCUCCGAUGAGAUUGCUACACAAGAUUGUGUUUAAAAAUCACUUUAAAAUGCCUGUAAAAUACAUGAAAAGUUAAAUGGUGUAAAGAUACUUUUGUACUAAUAAUUAUUACUAUAAACAUAAAAAUCAUGGUAAUGGCAAGUAAAGUAAUGAUUUCCGGCUGCAACAUCAAGAGCAAUUAAUGUGUUAAUGUACAAAUAAGACUGACAAUGAUAUUAAUAAUGAUUAUUUUGUUUAAAUACUUUCUGGAUAUACAAGGAGUUACCAUUGCAUAUAUUUAGUUCAGGAUGAUGAUUUUAAUUAUAUCUGUAAUUACUUCUGUGCAUCUUUAUAUAUUCUUUAAUAUGCACUUGCUUUUAAUCUUUCUUUUAUUUGUGCACUUGUUUUUAUGAUGGUCGUUUUUAAUAACACUUUAAAUUCUACUUUUUAAGCCUUCUCCAAUAAAGUUAACAGCCAUAAGGGUCCACUAGUCCAGUCUGUCAGGUCAAUUUAAAGAGCCCCCCUGAUUUUCAGUCUCCCCUGUGUAUUGAAAGCUAAGUAUUUCCCAUACAUUUUGUGUUGCUAGUGUCUCAUGCACUGAAAAUUUUGGUUAGAUGAAAGAUGUUAGUCAUUUUCAACAAAAGUGAUGUUUU